UAAUUAUAUACUUUUUGGACAAUAUGGCCUGGUACAAUUUAUCGAGCAAUCUUAAAAAUCAUCCCCCAAGUGAUAGGGCUGCUCACUCGUGAGACAAGGUUGGAUCCAACCUAUAUAUAUUUGGUGGUUGGAAUGGAAAGCAAGCUUUGAAUGAUCUCUAUAUUCUUGACAUCGGAAAUCUUCUAUGGUCUCAACCAGAAGCUGAAGGGAACAUCCCCGCUUGAAGGAACAACCACACUACAGCUGUUGUGAGUGAGAGUAUCUAUUUCCAUGGUGGUCAUGACGGACUUGAUUGGCUAGAUGAUCUUUAUGUAUUUAAUACCACUACUUAUACCUGGGCCAAACCUAAACUUAGUGGUAAUCGUCCAUCUGGAAGAGCAUGUCAUACGAUGAGUAGAGUUGGAAGAAAGCUCUAUAUGUUUGGCGGCUAUGAUGGAGAGAGAUGCUUCAAUGACAUGGAUGUACUAGAUCUUGAUACAAUCUCAUGGAUCCAGCCAGAUGUUGGUGGCCAAUCCCCAAUGGCAAGGAAUGCUCACACAAUGACCGUAGUUGGAACUAAGCUCUUUUUAUUUGGAGGGCAUUCUGGAAAUAAGCAUCUAAAAGAUCUUCAUAUUUUUGAUACAGAGACUCUUGAAUGGACUGAGCCCACAAUUACUGGAAGUCCUCCUAAAGGACUCAGAGGUCACACAGCAAGCCUUAUUGGAAACAAGAUGUAUCUCUUUGGGGGAUAUGAUGGUAGAGGAAAGUCUGAAAAGAAAAUCAUCCCUUCAAAUGAUCUAUAUGUUUUAAACACAAAUACAAUGAAAUGGAGCCACCCAAGUGAGAUUGAAAAAUCUCCCGUUGGGAGGCAAAGACAUACUGCCUGUGUGAUAGGCACUAAACAACUAUUCAUCUUUGGAGGAUUUGAUGGAUGAAAAUGGCUAAAUGAUAUCUGUGUUUUAGACAUUGGAAAGAUGGAGGUAAAUGAAAUCACCCAAGAAGCCACCAGUAGCUUAAUUGAAAAUAUGAGGAAGAUAAUUAAUCAAGAAACCUUCUCAGAUGUAAUAUUUCAGGUUGAAGAGAAGGAAAUCUAUGCUCAUAAGGCUAUUCUUGUUGCACAAUGAGAACACUUCAAAGCAAUGUUCACUAGCGGAAUGAAAGAAACUACUCAGACAACUAUUGAGAUUAAAGAUUGGUCUUAUUCAUCUUACUUGCACAUGAUAGAAUAUUUAUACACUGGUUGAAUUGAGGAUUUCAACCCUACAGUGGCUCUUGAAGUCUUAGGAUUGGCAGAUGCUUACGGACUAGAAAACCUAAAAUCUUUGUGCGAGAAUACUCUAAUUCACAGCGUUGACAAUGAUAAUGUAGUAGCUCUUUUAAUUGAUGGUCAUCGCUAUUCAGCAUUAGAGCUCAAAAAAUUCUGUAUGAACUAUAUCAUCAAGAAUUUCAAAGAUGUUGAGGCAACAAAAGGAUUUGAAAACUUAGAGAGUGUCCCAUCCCUUCUAAUGGAGGUUACUAAAAAUAUAGCCAGCCAUUCUCACUCAAUGUAA